AGGGAGCGCACAGCUGAGUUGGCAGAGCAGAACCUGUAGAUGCUUCAGUGUUUCAUCACGUUUGUGUUUCCAGACAAAGCUGCUGCAGGCUGAAGGUCUCUGUGGACACGGGACUGUGCGCUGUGACGCGUGCGCCUCUGUGGGGGACAACUGGACUUUUGGACUUUUUUUUGGACUUUUUGGGGCCGUGCAAAACUUUGUGCAGUUGGAAAAAAGAACAGCUAUGAACAUUUUUCGUCUUGCGGGUGACGUGUCACAUCUUGUGGCCAUUAUUAUUCUUUUGCUGAAGAUUUGGAAGUCCAAGUCAUGCUCAGGCAUCUCUGGGAAGUCUCAAGUGCUGUUUGCCCUGGUCUUCACCACCAGAUAUUUGGACUUAUUCACUCUGUACAUCUCUGCGUACAACACAGUGAUGAAGGUGGUGUUCCUGGCUCUGUCCUACGCCACGGUCUACAUGAUCUACGUCCGCUUCAAGAACACGUUUGACUCGGAGAAUGAUUCGUUUCGCGUGGAGUUUCUCUUGGUGCCUGUUAUCGGACUGUCUUUUCUGGAGAACUACGCCUUCACUCCGAUCGAGAUUCUGUGGACUUUCUCCAUCUUUCUGGAGGCUGUGGCCAUCAUGCCUCAGCUCUUCAUGAUGACCAAGACCGGAGAGGCGGAGUCCAUCACCACACACUACCUGUUCUUCCUGGGCCUGUACCGAGCUCUUUACAUCGCCAACUGGGUCUGGAGGUACCACACGGAGGGCUUCUUUGACCAGAUCGCCGUGGUGGCCGGAGUUGUGCAGACCAUCUUCUACUGUGAUUUCUUCUAUCUGUAUGUCACAAAAGUGCUUCGUGGAAAAGGGAAAAUGUCGCUGCCGAUGCCUGUGUAAGAGCGAAGUCCUGAGGCUGCAGAACCACCGUGUGCCUGAUACAAACAGUAUGAAACUGUAAAUACUCUUAGCAAAAAAGGGACUUACGAUCCAACUGAUUAAAUGGCACAAAAUGUCAGAGAGUCAGUAAAAUAAUCACACCACAGGGAACGUGGCAAUGUCAAAUACUAAAUGUGCUCUGUUUGUUUAUUUGUGGUAUUGUCUUUCUUGGGUUUUACUGAGUUUUUUUGUAUUUUUGUCUUGUCCUUCCAGGGAAACACUUCAUUGAUUUGUUCACAAUUCAGUUUUUCAAGUUUGUCGAGUCUUUGUCUGUUUACACCGGUGCAUUUUGUGUGUUUUUUAAGGGCUUUUUGUCACGAAGCGAAACCCAAAAGUUUGCCAAUUCUAGGUCAUUUUGUGGAAGAAGCCAAUUUUAAGCAGAAUUGCACACUAUUUGUAAACCUUUUUAAUAAUAUAAAGACUUUUUUUCUUA